CAUAUUCAAAGCAAAACUAACCCUUGUAGCCAUGCAUCCAUGGCGGCCCGGCACACAAGAAAAGACUAGCUAGCUAUGUACAUGCAUAUGCAUGAUCCAUUACCUUGCUACUACCAUCUGAUCUCCAUCUAUAUAUAUCGCCAACUCAAUGCUAACUUGCAAUUUCCACCAUACAGCAGCCUCAGUAGGCACCCACCAUGGCUUUCCGACGCCCUUCAUCCCUCCCGGCUCUCCUCCCCCUCGUCUUCGUGCUAGUCCUCUCCUGCCUCGCCGGCCCGGCCAUGGCCAAGAAGACUGGCCAGGUCACCGUAUUCUGGGGCCGGAACAAGGACGAGGGCUCUUUACGAGAAGCCUGCGACACGGGCACCUACAGCACCGUCAUCAUCUCCUUCUACAGCGUCUUCGGCCACGGCCGCUACUGGGGCGACCUCUCUGGACACCAGCUCUACGGCAUCGGCGCCGACAUCAAGCACUGCCAGUCCAAGGGAAUACUGAUCCUCCUCUCCAUCGGCGGCCCCGGCAAGGACUACUCCCUGCCAUCCUCCAAGUCGGCGGCGGACGUCGCCGAUAACCUGUGGAACGCCCACCUCGGCGGUGGCCGGAAGGGCGUGUUCCGUCCCUUCGGCGACGCUGUGGUGGACGGCAUCGACUUCUUCAUCGACCAGGGCCCGCCUGACCACUACGACGAGCUGGCGAGGCUGCUGGACAGCUACAACAGGUUCUACCGCGGCAGGAAGGGGGUGCGCCUGACGGCGACGACGCGGUGCGCGUACCCGGACUGGCGCGUGGAGAGGGCGCUGCAAACGGGGCUGUUCGAGCGCAUCCACGUCCGCUUCUACGGCGACGACAAGUGCUCCUACCACCAAGGCGGGACCUACGCCGUGGUGGAGCAGUGGGACAAGUGGACGGCGAGGUACCCUAGGAGCGAGGUCUACCUCGGGCUCGCGGUGGCGGAGGAUGUGCCGGCCGGGGCGCCUGGCCCCGUCGCGGUCUACCUCAAAUAUCUCUACUACGACCUGCUGCCCAAGGUGCAGAAGUCGGCCAACUACGGUGGGGUCAUGAUCUGGGACAGGUUCUCCGACAAGAUGACCGGCAACGACUACGGGCGCACCGUCCAGGGCUGGGCUUAGUAAUUAACGUACGUGUUUAUUCUAUGUGUUGGUGCAUCUGUGUAAUGCAUGUAUGUGCAUGUCCGACAAUAAAUAUGGUGUGAUAUCUGUACCA